UUUUGGUUUAUGUGAAUUUUGUUUUUUGGUUUAGCAUGGGGUUAGGUUUCUUUAGGUUAUGAUAAAUUACAUUUUAUGGUUAUAUCUGAGGGAUUUUUGUAAAUUUAGUUAUUAAUUAUAUUUGAUAUUACAUUACACUAGUUUAAUUAUUUUGUAAAGGUUGUCCUAAAUUAGUUUUUAUUGUUAGAUUAUCCACUAAGUUAAAUUGGCAUUGUUUGAGCAGUUCCCUGUGGCAUAGUGGUAAAACACUUGUUCUGCGCUUCGCAAGGGCUUUGUCCUGGGUUCGUAUCCUGGCUGGGGAGGAUUUUCUGGGUGCCAAUCAUUAACUGGGUGCCUCUAUUCAACCAGCAGUAAAUGCGUACCUGGUUGUUAAACGAUUCGGCGGGUCGUAUUCCAGGGAAAAUUUGGAUUGAGGACCUGCCCGAAACACUAUGCAUGCUAGUGGCUUUACAAGAAUGUAAGAACUCUUGUACAUAUAUAUAAAUAAAUAAAAACAAAUUGUUUUCCCUACAGAACAGUCUUAUCAAGCCCUUACUUCAGGGACCCUACAAAUCAAAUCUUCAGUAAAUUUCAAAGAUCAUUUAUUUUUUUAUUCUUUUUAUGAUAAUAAGCCAUUGUGUUGGGGGACAGGGAGCGAGAGUGUAUUCAUUCACGUUAAGCUUAUAUCAAGGCUCCCGCCCUUCCCCAAAGUCAAAUUAUUGACCCUGUCCAGGAUGCAACCCCACAACAUGCUGACUAAUUCCUGAGUACCUACUUACUGCUAGGUGAACAGAGUCAUUAGGUGAAAGGAAAUGUGCCCAACUAUUUCUGUCCCACCUGGGACUUGAACCCGGAAUUCUUGAUUGAGCGUCGAGACUGUGAUUGUUCUCAUUUGUGUGAUUUCUAUGUUGUUCUAAUUCCAGAGUUGAGUGAAGGAUGUCUGUGUUUGCAUGUGGUAACAACACCUGCGCUCAAAUUUUGACAGGUGGCCCAAGCAUACUGUGUUGUCCUUCUCUUGUACCUCUGACUGAUGUUAUGCAAAUUGGGGUGACAUUUAGCCAUAUACUUUGGAAGACAGAAUCUGGAUGGAAGUGGACAGGAUACCACUAUCAGAAUGUUUCUGAUGAAUUAAGCAUAGACCCAAAGUGGAAGGUUUUUGUGAGUGAAAACCGCACAGCAGCAAUCAAUAAUGCAGGGUCCAUUAUUGUGUGGGAGGACGAGGGGUGGAGAACUCUGCACUUCCAAAAACAUUAUCUGGGAGAUGAGGAGGCUGCUGUUGGGCACCAUUCAAACACCAAAAACCAGUGUCAUUCAAACGUUAUAAAGACGGAACACAAAAAUUGCAAUAAUAUAAGGCAUUUUGAACUUGAAGAAGGUGAUAGAGGAUUGUCAGUGGUUCCUGUGGAUGAAGGUUAUGUUAAAGAAAUUUGCUGUGAUAAUGGGUGCAAGAGAGAAAAGUUACGUAAAGUACAAGAGAGUAUUAUUGGAACAAAAAUUCAUCCCGAGUGUGUGAGUGAGCCAAAAAAACUAAACAAUGCCAGUUCUAGUACUUAUGGUUCUACACUCAUUGAAAGUCAAAAUUCUGAAUCAGAUGUGUCCCAAAUAGCCUUCUGCAGUGUUGCUCUUGAAGAUAAUGCUCUUCUUGCACUUGAUAAAGAUGGAGUAAUGUAUUCUGGUAGUAUUCCCAUGGGACUUGGACUAAAAAUUACUGAAGUUGCAGUGGGAAAAGAACAUAGUAUGGCACUGACAGCAAGUGGUGAUGUCCUCACAUGGGGUGGUGGAAUGCGGGGACAAUUAGGAAAUGGUGAAGUAUGCCAAACACACAAGCCUGAGUUAGUGGAACAUCUCCAGGGUAUAACCAUUUCUUCUAUUGCUUGUGGAGGAUGGCACUCUGUUGCACUAAGUAACAGUGGAGAUGCCUAUGUCUGGGGUUGGAAUGAGAGUGGACAGUUAGGGUUUCCAGCUAAGUCUCAAACCAAUCAUUCAAUCUUUGAAACAAUUGAACAUUCGUGCCAGUGCCCCAAAAGUGCUUCAAUAGAAAACAAGGGAGCAUGGGGUCCCAGUGAGACACUAAAUGAUAACAGUGGCAAGUCAUCGUACAAAGUCACGGAGUCUCUGGCUGAAUCCCAUGGCUCAUUCAAGGAAGAGACAUACACCCAAGCAGUGAGAGAAAGAAAGGUCGUGAACCCUCCAGUUGGCAGAGUAAACCAAGAGCGCACCAAAGAUGUGAUAAAUGUUCAAGCGUCUCCCAAAUUGUUGGACUUCUGGAGUGAAACUGUGAGAAUUGAGGAUGUCCAGUGUGGAGAUAGACACACUUUGUUCCUAUUAGAUGAUGGCAGUGCCUGGUCAGUUGGUAUGAACAAGUAUGGUCAGCUUGGUCUUGGGCACACUGAGGUGAGUGAGGAGCCGGCGCAGGUGUUCAACAGUGGCGUCAUAAGGAUUUAUGCUGGAGGAUGGAAUUCUGUCUUUGUUACUACAUUAAUGCCCUCUAAAUUUGAUGAACAUACAACUUAAAUAAAAAUGGUAAUUUAA